AUGGACCACCCCCUGCCCGGACAUCACCCCUCCAGUGAGGCUCAGCGCUUCACUGACAUCAUGUCGCACCCCCCAGGAGACUCACCCAGCCCCGAACCCAACCUGCCUGGGUCCUUGCACUCCAUGUCCGCAGAAGUUUUUGGCCCCAGUCCUCCAUUUUCUUCGAUAUCCGUCAACGGUGGUGCUAACUAUGCUACAGUUGCUAAAGUGAUUGACAAAUUUGAGGAUGAAACUGCAGAUGACAUUUUCCCUGUUGGCGAUAUACGAAAAAAAGCUUCAGCCUCUCUCUUGGAAGCUGAUAAAAGGUACAGUGGAAAAGCUACAUCUCGCAAAGCUCUGCAAGAAGAACUCUGGGGAGAUGCUCUGUCUGAAGAAGGGUCUGCUGAAGAAGCGUUAGAGGAAUGGUACAGCGGCAGUGAAGAUUCAGACGAGAAUGAGAGCUUAGGCAGUAAAACAAAGGAGAAGCCCAGCAGUGCUGGCAGUGACCAGGAGGAUUACUCGGAAGAUGACGAAGAGACAGAUCUGUCUGUCAAGGCCAAGGCACCAAAGUUCAGUUUCCAGAACAUCACAGACUUUGAGAAAUUUACAGAGGGGAUGGACGAUAUAGGAAGCAGUGAGGGGGAAGAUGAUGAUGAUGAUGAUGAUGAUGAUGAUGAUGAUGAUGAUGUCAGCAUGGAAGGAGGAGGUGAUGAGGAGGAAUGUGGGAGUGAAACCCAUGACAAUAUAAAGGAAACCAAAGACAGCGAAGAUGAUGGGGGGAUGAUGACAUUCUCAAAAGGACGAGAGACUGAAGAAGUAGAAAAAGGAAUAGCUGUGAAGAACCAGCUAGCAUUGUGGGAUCAACUGUUGGAAGGGAGAAUCAAGAUGCAGAAAGCGCUCGUAACAGUCAACCGACUUCCACAGCCAGAUGCUUACCCAGUCUUCAGAAAGGAAGGUGGACAAGAAUUUGACAGUGCUGUCCAGAAAUGUUGUAAAGCCCUGGAGACAUUGCUGAAAGUGUUAGUGGACCUUCAGGAUGAGCUACUUUAUCAAUACCCAGGCACGAGGCAUCUGGUAGAUGGAAAGCAGUCAAAAUCCGAGAGUGAUGAUGAAAUCCCUAGCAGUAGUGAUGAAGAGCAAGUGGAUAAGGCUCAGGAGAAGAGGAGGAGCCUCCCCAAACGAAAGCUAAAGAUGGACGACUACCCAGAGUUCAUAGCCAAGCGGUAUGCUGACUUCAGGACCUGUCGGAACAACAUCUUGCAGAAGUGGCAUGACAAGACAAAGCUGGCAUCUGGCAAAAUGGGAAAGGGUUUCGGUGCCUUUGAGCGUUCAAUCUUGACUCAGAUUGAUCAUAUUAUGAUGGACAAAGAGAGAUUACUACGGCGAACGCAGACCAAGCGAUCAGUGUAUACAGUGCUGGGAAAGCAGGAACAGGAAUCUAAUCCGGUCCCUGAAUCUUUGCCCGAAAAUUCGGAAGUCCUCCCUGGGUCCGAUUCCAACAGGCACCUGAAGGACGUAGAUGAGGAGAUAUUUGAUGAUGAUGACUUUUAUCACCAGCUCCUUCGAGAAUUUAUAGAACGUAAAACCACUUCAUUGGACCCCAACGACCAGGUGGCAAUGGGCAGGCAAUGGCUGGCCAUCCAGAAGUUACGAAGCAAAAUAAAGAAGAAAGUGGACAGAAAAGCCAGUAAAGGCAGGAGAAUCCGGUAUCAUGUCCAUAGCAAGCUGGUGAGCUUCAUGGCACCUAUUGACCACUGCACAAUGAAUGAUGAUGCCAGGACAGAGCUAUAUCGUUCGCUGUUUGGAAAAAUCACGAGUCCUGACGAACUGGAGCAGAAUUAGCAGCUGGCCUUCGUGCCAGGACUGACCCCACCGGCCUGGCCAGCGCCUGAGCGGCCCCGUCUGGUGGCAUCUCCUCUGCCCGGGAGCACCCUCCAGCUCUGGUUCGUUCCUAAAAACCUUCACAUCAAAUACAGUCACUGCGAAACCACACGGGCUCAGAGAGGAGUUGGGGGUAGACACUAGGUACCCUCCUCUCUAGCUUUAAAAUGAACUCGGCUUCCUCCCAAAGACAAUCCAUUUUUAAGUAUUCUCUUUAAAUUCCUGACCUUGACUUUUGCAAUCUGG